AUGCAGGACAAUGCAAUAAGGAAACGGACUAUAGAUGACCGGCGAAGACAGAAAGACACAGAGAUUCAAAUAUGGAAACAGUUCAGUGCCACAGUUGCCCUUGACGAGUGCAGUGAAUGGCCGGCUGAAUGUGAUCCGCCGCUGUCACUGUACAACCUGCCCCUACCACGCCUGUCCCCCCUACCAGGCCUGUCCCCCCUACCACGCCUGUCCCCCCUAGGACGCCUGUCCCUCCUACCAGACCUGCGCAACCUGCCCCUACCACGCCUGUCCCCCUACCACGCCUGUCCCCCUCCCACGCCUGUCCCCCUACGACGCCUGUCCCUCCUCCCUGCCUCUCCUAGGCCUGCACAACCUGCCCCUACCACUCCUGCACAACCUGCCCCUACCACGCCUGUCCCCCUACCACGCCUGUCCCCCUCUACGACGCCUGUCCCUCCUACCAGGCCUGCACAACCUGCCCCUACCACGCCUGCACAACCUUUCUCCUACCACGCAUGUCCCCCUCCAACGCCUGUCCCCCUCCCACGCCUGCCCCUCCCCACGUCUGUCCCCUCCCCUCUCUCUCCCCUUCUUACCACGCCUGCACAACCUGCCCCUACCACGCCUCUUAGUGUAAAACCACCGACACGCAAUACAGUCAUGCCCAGACUGAAUGAAGCACAACGCAACAACGCCAUUGGUCGCUUGGAAGCAAGUGAAUCUCGAUCAGAUGUUGCCAGAGCUGUGAAUGUCCACCCAAGAUCGCUACAUCCGGUUACGUCACCUUCGGGCAGGACAACGACCGUCCUCACCACUGCCUUCUUGAGAAACCACAACAUCAUCGUUCUUCCCUGGCCCUCCAAAUCACCAGAUUUAAAUCCCAUUGAACAUCUUUGGGACGAGUUGGACCGACGUCUGCGACGGCGACAACCUCAACCGCAGACUCUACCUCAGCUUGCAGCAGCUUUGCAGGCUGAGUGGACUUCCAUUACACAGAAUGUGAUUCGUCAUCUCAUCGCUUCCAUGGGCAGGAGAUGCCAAGCAGUUAUCGAUGCUCACGGGAGGCAUACUGGUUAUUGA